AACUGACCUCUCGCAAAUUCGUCUUUCAACUCUCUCUCAAUUUUCGUAUUCUAUAGUUUCUCUCUCUUCACUGGGCAAGACUUGGAGGAUCUCGAGCUGUUCUUCUGGAAAUUCCCUUUUGAUUGUACGAUUAUUGAUCCUUAUCUGUACUGAGUCUCCGAUUUCGUCUCUUUCUGCUGUUGAAUUGGAGGAGAUUUCAAAUUAGUGCUGGGAUUUGAUCUGCAAAUUGACUCCUUUGGUGGUUUUGUCUGGUCUCAGAGAUAGUAGAGGAAGAUGGCUAGUAAUGCAGUGGCCUGCGCGGAGAGGGCAACAAGUGACAUGCUGAUUGGCCCAGACUGGGCAAUAAACAUUGAGCUGUGUGAUAUAAUAAACAUGGAUCCUGGGCAGGCAAAAGAGGCAUUGAAGAUACUCAAGAAGCGUUUGGGGAACAAAAAUCCUAAAAUACAGCUCCUUACUCUUUUUGUAUUGGAGACUCUCAGUAAAAACUGUCCUGAGAAUAUUUUCCUGCAAAUUGUUGAGCGGGAUAUUUUACAUGACAUGGUCAAAAUAGUGAAGAAGAAGCCUGAUUUAAAUGUAAGGGAGAAGAUAUUAAUUUUGAUAGAUACAUGGCAAGAAGCUUUGGGCGGACCCAGGGGAAGGUAUCCCCACUAUUAUGCUGCAUAUAAUGAGCUCAAGGCUGCUGGAGUAGAAUUUCCUCCCAGAGAAGAAAACAGUGUUCCUUUGUUUACGCCUCCGCAGACCCAGCCCAUAAGUUACCCUGCUUCUGCAUACCAACCUCCUUUAGGAUACCCUGCUUCAACAUAUGAGGACGCUGCUGUUCAGGCCUCUCUUCAGUCUGAUACUUCUGGACUCAGCUUGCUAGAGAUUCAAACUGCUCAGGGACUAGCAGAUGUGUUGACAGAAAUGCUUGGUGCCUUGAAUCCCCAGAACCGUGAGGAAGUUAAACAGGAAGUGAUUGUUGACCUUGUUGAGCAGUGCCGUUCAUACCAAAACCGUGUCAUGAUUCUCGUUAACAAUACUGUAGAUGAAGAGCUUCUUUCCAGAGGGUUAGCACUGAAUGAUAACUUGCAGCGAGUUCUACGCCGGCAUGAUGAUAUUGCAAAAGGAACACCUACUGUUGAUGUAGGAAUAACAGAAAAUUCAGUCACACCUCCUCUUGUCAAUGUGAAUCAUGAGGAUGAUGAAUCAGAAGAAGAUGAUUUUGCCCUGUUAGCUCACAGGUCAUCAAGGGAUACUUCACUUGGACUGGGACAAAAACCAGCCAGUGCCCAGAAGGAACCAGUGAGGAUUAACCCAAUUCUACCUCCUCCACCCUCAUCCCAGAAGUCAAUUACAGAUGCUGCGAUGGUUGAUUAUCUAAGUGGUGAUGCCUAUAAUACUGAACGAUUAUCUAGGUCAUCAGGAUCCUCGUCUUUUGCCGUCCCGAGUCGUUCAAACAAUGCAAAUUCCAUCCCGCCUCCAUCGAGUCCACCACCUUCCUCUCCUCCCUCUGAUUACAUAAACCCCACUGCUGCCAUGUUCUCUGGGCCGACCACACAUGAUGAACCAGCUCCAACGAUCAAGUCUGCUGACAGGCUUCCUCGAGCUCCUUGGGACGUUCCAUCUCCUAACAGCAUUCCACCCCCGCCUUCCAAAUAUAACCAGAGACAGCAAUUCUUUGAGCAACAUCACGCUUCUUCCGGUGGUGUUCCUGGUUCUUCCUCUUACGACAACUUAGUUGGGCAAACCCGGAGUCUGUCUCUUAAUCCAUCAACCCCACCAAAAAAACAAGAGAAGCCGGAAGAUGCGCUCUUCAAAGAUCUGGUUGAUUUUGCGAAAGCCAAGUCGUCUUCGCCUUCCAAAGCCAAUAGGUCAUUUUGAUGUUUUGAGCGGGAGGUUAUUGUAGUUGGGUGUAUGGAUUAUUCGUUUUGUGGCGGUACAGUUUUUUUUCAGUGAUGUCAGUUUCUUCAAGUUUUUAUACCGUAAGACUCCUCAAAUAAAUGUUGGUGGAAACUGCUGCUGCCGCCGUUUCCACCACUGGUGUAACUCUCAGAGGAGAUGAACCCACUUAUUGAAUUUGUAGAGCUUGUGAAUAUAUAAUAUCUUGGUUGGUUUGAUUCUUAAA